AUGUCCACGCCACAUAGCCACGUGGCCUCCUACGAAGCCGUCAAGCGCAUAUCACGCCCCGAGCAGCGCCCAGUCGCGCCCACAGCAGCGCCAACCGCACCGGACACGUGGUCACCAGCCACACAACGAGCGUCACCAGGAGCGCGCAACGAGCGGCCCCGCGCCCUCAGCAGCGUUCAGCGCCCAUCGGGCGGCGUCAGUGCACCACCAGCGGCACCCACCCACGUGCCCACCAGGAGCACGCACAGCGCGGCCACCGCGCCCUCAGCAGCGUCACCCGCGUUAUCAGCAGCGCAGACCCAGCAGCGUCCCGCGCCGUGCAGUGCCACCCACGUGGCCAUCAGGUGCCCACAGAGCGGCCACCUCGCCCUCCACAGCGUCCACCGCGCCUCGCGCCCAACGAACGCCUACCAUUGGCGUCAGCGCCCCAUCGGCCGCGCUAUCAGCAGCGCCCCCCACGCGAUCCACAGGAGCGUCCACUGCGUCUUCACUAGCGCCUGCCGACAGCACCCACCGCGCCACCAGCAGCGCCCUACGAGCGGCUACCACCGAGCGCCAUCAAGCAGGGCAAUAGCAGUGCCAACCGAGCGGCUUCCGCGCCCUCAGCAGCGUUCAGCGCCCAUCAGCAGCGCCCAUCGAUCGGCGUUAGUGCCCAACAGGCGCCCUCAGCAGCGCCAACCGAGCGCCAAUCACCGAGCGCCAUCAGGAGCGCCAAUCAGCCGCGCCCUCAGCAGCGCCAACCGCGCCGGAUACGUGGUCACUAGCCACGCUACGAGCGCCACCAGGAGCGCGCAACGAGCGGCCACCGCGCCCUCAGCAACGUCCAUCGCGCCGCCAGCAGCGCCGUCCACGGGGCAACGGGAGCGCCAGCCGCAACCACAUCGGUCAGCCACUGCCGCACGUCAGCAGCACCUGCCGUGCGCCCGCCGCAUCACGCCCCUGGUAGCGCCCAGCGCCCAGACACGCCAAUAG